CAACCGUUCUGUGUUAUCUUGUGGCGACGUCACACGGUAGACUUGGCGGAUGCAACGCUCUGCGGAGCCGUUUGUAGGUACUAUUUUCACCCCAUGGACACCUCCGAAGGGGCGUAUCACAUAAAGUGAGUAACAUGAUUUUUUCUACAUCGCAGAAGAACAUUAUGCAACCGUGGGCAAAACCGGAUCCGCCCGAUUCUCCCUGGAUGCGGCGUCUUCGCAGGAGGCAUCCGAAGAACCAGACCGCCAGUGACAAGUCGUAUAGGCGGUCCAUGGGUCGAACCCGUUAUGUGUAUGAGCUUAUAGCGAUGGAUUUGAUGUUCGCCGGCUAGCUUCUCAGCGCUACCGGAUCAACACUAUCCUCCUGCCUCCGGUGAGUCGCAACCAAUUCGCAAGGUACCUCGACCGGCUUGCCACAUUCCUGCACACCGCGCGCCACAUAGCGGAGAGCCGCGUUGCCUCCCCUUGGCAUGAAUUCUAUCACGACGCGAUGUCCUGCACAGAUGGGCUUGUAGCGGAAGUCGGCGCCCCUAUGUCUAUGUGCCCCGAGAUAAACGGGUCAGUCCGGCACCAAGCAUGAUGUGCUGAAGCCGCCAUGUACACCAC